AUGACUGAACUUACUCGCACUUUGCCUGCCUCGUGGUACUGCAAUGGACCACUCUAUCAAAUGGAGCGCAGGGCGGUCUUCAAGAAAUCCUGGUACUUGCUUGGUCCUGUGACUCGAUUCCAGAUGGUAGGCGAGCAUGUCGGCUAUGAAGUCGCCCAGGAGCCUAUUUACGCGGUUCGCUUGACCGGUGAUACUCUGAAUCCUCUCGCUGAGGAACUGAAGGUGUUUCAUGCGAAGACGGAGAAAGAAUUGUGUUGCUAUGUGACAAAGACCGGCCUUCUAUUUUCAACAAUUUCUGAUGAUGCACCUUCUUUCCAUGAAUUCUUCCCAGAACUCGAGGACUUGUUAGGCAAAGUCGACUUUACUCGUCUGCCCCAUCGUCGCAGCAUUCGUUAUGAGGGUCGCUUCAAUUGGAAGACCAUGGUUGACGGGUAUCAAGAGUGUUUGCACUGCCAAUACACUCAUCCUUCAUUCUCCGUCUACUACCCACCGACCUUCUACACCGUGCGUAACAACCACAACUUCUCUCAGCAUAUUGCAGACCCAAAGAAGCCCGAUGAUGGGCUAUUCCUCUACUUCUUUCCGAAUUGUACACUCAACGUCUACGGUGGCGGUAUGUCGUCUUUCCGGGUGUGUCCGACCUCGGAUCCCCAAGUGACUCGCAUGGAGUUCGACUACUACCACUUGGCAGAGGGUGAGAAAUUCGAGGAGUAUUUCAAGUUCGUCCGCCAAGUUGCUAUGGAGGACUUUGAGCUCUGCGAAAAGGCUCAGGAUAAUUUGGCUAAGGGUGUUUAUCACGAGGGUAUCUUGAACCCGGAGAAGGAGAAUGGUGUUUCUUACUACCAACAGCGAGUCUUCCAAAUGGUCUGUGAGCAGCAUACGGCCGAUCAAGUGUCUAGGCAGAAUGAUGACUCUGGCCGAAAAGAUCAGGUUCCACCAUCUUUGUUGCAGAUGGUAGCUUAG